AAUUAACCAUGGCAACAUCACAACAUGAAAGCAAAUAAAGCCUGGAAUACUAUAUAAAAGCAAGAUUAACAAGGGAAAUAUGUAAUCAAAAGAGAGUAAACAGAUCAAAUACAUGUAAAUCUGAGCUUUCACUUCCUUGGCAGCGUGGUGUUCGGCGGUCUGUCCCUUCCGCUCAUCUUGUCCUCGCCUCGCCCUGGCCGCCACCGCCCUUCUGCUGAGGCUUCUCGUGCCCACAAUGGCUUCCAAGGAACUCCUGACGCGGCUGGAGCAGAAGGCCGUGCAGGCAGAGCAGAUGAUUGCCCUCCUCACUCGCCAGAUCGGUCAGCUCCAGGCAGCGGCUGUGGACUCGCAGAAGGAGCAGCUACGUCGGGAGAAUCAGGAGCUGCGACAGGAGGUGGACCGCCUCAAGAACACACUGGUCACCCUGGAGAAGGCUAAUGGAGUGACCCAGUACUAUGACUUCAACAAAUCCACACCAGCGGGCAUCACCACCACCACCACCACCACCGGCACCUCCGAGCCAUCACCAGCACCACCACAGGCAGCACCAGCACCAUUACAGGCAGCACCAGCACAACAGGAGAAAGCCGACAAGGAAAAGGUGAACAAGAAGGCUGAGAAGAAGGAGAAGAAGAAGGCGGAGGGAGGAGAGAAGAAGGGAGGCGGAGGAGGAGGAGGAAAGAAGACGGAGGAGGAGUUACCAGUGGACGUGUCGCGCCUGGAUUUCAGAGUUGGAAGAAUCGUGACAGCGGAGAAACACCCAGAUGCUGACGCUCUCUAUGUGGAACAGGUUGAUAUCGGUGAAGGGAAGAACAGAACCGUGGUGUCGGGUCUGGUUCGCUUCGUCCCGGUGGAGCAGAUGCAGAACCGGAUGGCCGUGAUGCUGUGUAACCUCAAGCCUGCCAAGAUGCGCGGUGUCACCUCCGAGGCCAUGGUCAUGUGCGCCUCCACCCCCGACAAGGUUGAAAUCCUCUCCCCUCCCGCGGGCAGCCAGCCGGGCGACCUAGUGGAAUUUGAGGGCUACACACGCUGCCCCGACACAGUGCUCAACCCCAAGAAAAAAAUAUUCGAGGCCUGCGCACCGGACCUCAAGACAGAUGGCAGCAAGGUGGCGGUGUACAAGGGUGUGCCGUUCACAGUGCCGGGCAAGGGCGUGGUGGUGGCCGAGACCCUGGCCAAUGUUCAGGUUAAAUAGUGAAGGGCGAGCUAUGGUGUUUGUGCCAUUCCAACAGGUUCACAUAUCUGGGGAGUGCUAAUGGUACCUCUUGUUGUAUGACAGUCCGUUCUGGCGACACUGUGCAGACUCUAUUAUGUCUUUUGCUCACUUUGGAUAAAUAACGUAUUCAAUUUUUUCAUUCAUUAAGGUAUUAAAAAUUGAUUUAUUACCCACUUCAUGCUGUGACAAUAUAUAAGUCAGUGGCAAAAGAACAACGCUGGUGCCAUCUGGUGAGCAUUGUCUGGACGGACUCGCUGGAACGGACGAUAGUUGGAACAGUGUACAAAUUAUUCAAGACCUUAAUCCCUCCACCACCACCGCCACCGCCACCGCUACCACCAGUCACGCCGCCGCAGUUUCUUGGUUUUCCAUACUUGGUUGCAAUAUUUUUUGAUCACCUUCAUAAACAAACUCUUUUUUUCCUACUUAUCAGAAAAUUGAAAAAAAUGGUCAUGUUUGUAAUUUUCAUGUUAUCAGCAGUAAAGUUAAGGUGAGUUUUGGAACAUUCACACUGCAAGUAAUUUUUUCUACUAAUCGGAAAAUUGAGAAAAAAAUGUCAUUCUUAAUUUCCAUCUUAUUGGCAGAAAAGUUGAGUAGAGUUUCAGGACAUUGAUGCACUGGAUUUAGAAUGACAAAGGCAGCUAUACCAAAAGGUGUGGCAUUAUUGACCUGAAAAAAAAAAAAAAAAAAAAAAAAAAAUGACAAUUGUUUACGAGGGUGAUGAUUUCCAGAGUCCAAAUUUGAGUUCCACGUUUUGUUUUGCAUGACUUCUAUAGAGCAUGUUUGGCAUUUAUACCUUUCUAAGGGUAACUGUUGGUGACCUAAGAAUAAAGUUUGCUGGGUUGUA